CGAAAUCGACACUGCGACGGGUAUAACAACCGAUGAGCAACCGCAAGAUCCGGCACCGGCUCCUCGGAGCAAGAGAUCUCUUGCCUUUCACCUCUCAUUUCUCGCCGUGAUGGUCAAUCUCUUCCUCUAUGCUCUUGACGCAACCACGCUGGCCGUGGCUACCCCAGCGAUUGCAGCCAAACUAGGUGGCACGUCGUUGGAGUCAUUUUGGGCCAGCAUCUCGUACCUUCUUGCGGUGGUCGCUACGCAACCAAUGUACGCGGCACUGUCUGACAUAUUCGGUCGCAAGCCGCCUCUUUAUGUGGCGUUGCUUUUGUUCUUCGCCGGCUCUCUUGUUUUCGCUCUCGCUACAAACAUGGGUAGCGUCAUCGCGGGCCGCACUCUACAAGGUCUGGGGGGCGGCGGGCUCGACGUGUUAAGCGAAAUCAUCGUGACAGAUAUGACGACCCUGCAGGAACGUCCCCUGUAUCUCGGCCUGAUGGCUAUACCUACGGCAAUAGGAAGUGUGCUGGGGCCAACUGUCGGUGGUCUUUUCAGCAGUCUCGUCACAUGGCGGUGGCUGGGCUGGGUCAAUCUGCCUCUGCUGGGCAUUUCCUUCACACUCACCAUCUUCUUCCUUCAGCUUCGACCACUCAAAACUUCGCUUUCGCAUAAGCUGGGACGCCUAGAUUGGACGGGUAUGUCUCUUUUCACCAUCGGCAGCGUGCUCUUCGUUCUACCGUUGAGUUGGGCGGACAACUUGUACGCAUGGGAGUCGUACCGCACGAUAUUGCCUCUGCUGUUGGGUACUGCUAUUCUCGCCACCUUUGCUGUCUACGAGCGCAGACCGACAGCGCCCAUCAUGCUGUAUCGUAUCUUUCAAUCCAAGACUGCCUCCGCCACCUUUAUAGGCGUGUUUUUUCAUGGGAUGUCGCUUUACUCGUUGUUGCAGUGGCUGCCUCUCAUGUAUCAAGCCGUCAUGGCCCAGACUGUGCUGCAGUCCGCCGUGACGCUCUUGCCUACCAGCUUCAUCAGCGUGAUAGGAGCCGUUAUCGGAAUCUCAGUCGUUGGAAUGGCAAAUAUCGGCUACAGAUGGAGCAUCAGGUUGUCCUGGAUACUGACAACUGCUGGGACAGGCAUCCUGGUUCUGCUUGAUGCACAUUCAUCUACAACCUUUCGCACGGGGCCGCCCGUUAUAUGGGGAGCUGGCAUUGGUCUUCUUCUCCGACUCCUAGUUCUUCCCGUUCAAGCCAGUGUCUUGCACGUUGACGAAACGGGACUCGCGAUCGGUAUUCUCUUGACCUUUCGUCUGGUCGGCGGUCUCGUAGGUCUCGCGGUAUGCUCCAUCAUCUUCAGCAGCGUGUUCUCCCGCGACAUUGCCGCUCUUGGUAUGCUACCUGAUUCGCUGCUGCCUCUGAGAGACCCCAACACUGCCAUCGCAUUUAUUCCCACGCUCAGAACCCUCAAAUUGCCCGAGGACACCUUGCUGUCGAUUCGCCAGGCUUACUUGACAGCUAUCCAGCCAAUAUACUACGCCAUGACAGGAUUCAGCGGCCUUUGCCUGUUGAGUUCUUUCUUCGCCAAGGAUUUGAGUAUGCGAAAAACCGAGAUGGGCCAGCAGCAAUUUGAGGGUUGAUCGUUGAGAAGGCGACGAAGAGACUGAAGCUGACCCGAAAUGAAUAUCCCAUUUCUUCAACAAUGUGUAGUGGAUUAGAAAAUACGGAAGACAUGGAUCUUCAGGUACAGGGCCAUUGUGAGGCUUAAUCUUUACGCAGUGAGAAGCGAACGCGGCGGAAUUGCCUAAUCGGGAGUUCAACAAGCCUCGGACAAGCAGGAAUCUCACAGAUCGAACAUACUGUGAAGCGAAGGCCUAGCAACCAUGAAGAAACCCGUAGCUACUCCCUAAAUCGGUUUACGACUCAGUUUUGAACUCGCAACCAGGCUGCUUUUCCUCCGUGUCUUCCCGGCCUGAUGUUAGAAGUUUUGGCAAAGAAUCAGAGCUUGGUUAGCCGCGUUGACUUUUGAUACUGUUAUGAACCGUGACACACGAUAUCACUGUACACACACGCAGGACCCAGCUCGGCGAAUAAGAACCAUAUAUC